CAUGUUUCUAGAAGGGCCGGUGGGGGCGCAGGGCCAGGGAAGGUUCUGCAGCCCCCAACCGGGGCUGUUCCAGCAACUUCGCUCGACUCCCUCCGAAGGAGAGGGACAGACGGACACAUGGGGUCACCCCCCCAGCAGGGGACAGUCAGGAUGUCGAAGGGCCAAGCUGUAGGCAUUGACCUGGGCACCACCUACUCCUGCGUGGGGGUGUUCCAGCAUGGCAAAGUGGAGAUCAUCGCCAACGACCAGGGCAACCGCACCACGCCCAGCUACGUGGCCUUCACGGACACCGAGCGCCUCAUUGGGGACGCUGCCAAGAACCAGGUGGCCAUGAACCCCACCAAUACCGUCUUCGAUGCCAAGCGUCUGAUUGGCCGGCGCUUCGACGACCCGGUGGUGCAGUCGGACAUGAAGCACUGGCCCUUCCAGGUGAUCAAUGACGGGGGCCGGCCCAAGGUGCAGGUGGAGUACAAGGGUGAGACCAAGACCUUCUACGCCGAGGAGAUCUCCUCCAUGGUGCUCACCAAGAUGAAGGAGAUUGCCGAGGCCUACCUGGGCAAGACGGUCACCAACGCCGUCAUCACGGUGCCAGCCUAUUUCAACGACUCCCAGCGCCAGGCCACCAAGGACGCCGGCACCAUCGCCGGGCUGAACGUGCUGCGAAUCAUCAAUGAGCCCACGGCCGCCGCCAUCGCCUACGGGCUGGACAAGAAGGUGGGUGGGGAGCGCAACGUGCUGAUCUUCGACCUGGGCGGGGGCACCUUCGACGUCUCCAUCCUGACCAUUGAGGAUGGGAUCUUCGAGGUGAAGUCCACGGCGGGCGACACCCACCUGGGGGGCGAGGACUUCGACAACCGCAUGGUUAACCACCUGGUGGCGGAGUUCAAGCGGAAACACAAGCGGGACGUGACGAGCAGCAAGCGGGCGGUGCGGCGCCUGCGGACGGCCUGCGAGCGGGCCAAGCGCACCCUCAGCUCCUCCACGCAGGCCUCCAUCGAGAUCGACUCGCUCUACGAGGGGGUGGACUUCUACACGGCCAUCACCCGGGCCCGCUUCGAGGAGCUCAACGCUGACCUGUUCCGGGGCACGCUGGAGCCCGUGGAGAAGGCCCUGCGGGACGCCAAGCUGGACAAGGCUCAGGUGCACGACGUGGUGCUGGUGGGGGGCUCCACCCGCAUCCCCAAGAUCCAGAAGCUGCUGCAGGAUUUCUUCAACGGGCGCGAGCUCAACAAGAGCAUCAACCCCGAUGAGGCCGUGGCUUAUGGCGCCGCGGUUCAGGCAGCCAUCCUGUCGGGUGACAAGUCGGAGAACGUGCAAGACCUGCUGCUGCUGGACGUGACGCCCCUGUCCCUGGGCAUCGAGACGGCCGGCGGCGUCAUGACGGCCCUGAUCAAACGCAACACGACCAUCCCCACCAAGCAGACCCAGACCUUCACCACCUACUCCGACAACCAGCCAGGCGUGCUCAUCCAGGUCUUCGAGGGCGAGCGGGCCAUGACCAAAGACAACAACCUGCUGGGCAAGUUUGAGCUGACGGGCAUCCCGCCUGCUCCCCGUGGGGUGCCCCAGAUCGAGGUGACCUUCGACAUCGAUGCCAAUGGCAUCCUCAAUGUCUCGGCCGUGGACAAGAGCACGGGCAAGGAGAACAAAAUCACCAUCACCAACGACAAGGGCCGGCUGAGCAAGGAGGAGAUUGAGCGCAUGGUGCAGGAGGCAGAGCGGUACAAGGUGGAGGACGAGGUCCAGCGGGAGAAGAUCGCGGCCAAGAACUCGCUGGAGUCGCUGGCCUUCAACAUGAAGAGCACGGCCGAGGACGAGAAGCUGAAGGACAAGCUGGCACCCGAGGACAAGCAGAAGAUCCUGGACAAGUGCAACGAGGUCAUCAACUGGCUGGACCGGAACCAGAUGGCAGAGAAAGAGGAAUACGAGCACCAGCAGAAAGAGCUCCAGAACCUCUGCAACCCCAUCAUCACCAAGCUGUACCAGGGCGCCAGUGGCGGGAUGCCCGGGGGGAUGCCCGGGGGCUUCCCUGGGGCUGGCGGGGCUGGGGGAGCCUCCUCCGGACCCACCAUCGAGGAGGUGGAUUGAGAGACCCGGCCACGGACCUCGUCCUUCCCCUUCCCCAGCUGAGCCGACACACACAUCACCCAUCCCUGGGGAAGGGGGCGGGUCAUUGGCUGGCUUACCCCAUGGCUUUCCCAUGAGCCUCCGCUCUAGCGGAGACCCCACUCCCCCCAACUAUGACUUGCUGUGUUUAGUGGGGAUCGGCCCCCACCCCCUGCCGCCGCAUUGCGGAUCCAGCUCUGUCGGCUCAGAAUAAAUUAUUGUGCCACUGUAA